AAUGUCCAACCAAUUUAAGAUUCUUAUUUUUCCAAUCUUCUUCAUCGUGGCUUUCUUUUAUUCCAGGGGGGAAGUCUAACUUGCCUCUUCUACUGGGAAGAAUUAAUCGUUGAAGAACUGUCCUUCUCUUCGUUAUGUGAAUCCAUGCAGAGUUAUUGAACAUACCAGAUUGGUCCACGAUGGAGACUCUUUUUGUCCUCUUGAGGCAGAUGUACAACGAUGUGCUGGCAGAUGGCCCUUUACCAACAGAUAACCAUGAGUGUGCAGCUCUCCUGGAUCCUUAUGUUUCAGACUUGUCAAGAGGAAACAAGACACAGUGUCUCUUUUCUCUUGAGCCUGAUGUCCAGAACUCUUCGACACUAGACUCUUUGGCCUUCAAGGUGGACGAUGAACCUGAAAACGAGAACCAGCCAAGGCACCAGACAGAAGAAGUGACGCUGCUUCAGUUAACCUUGAUCAAAAUGAUAGUUGCUAAAAUGCAGAGCCAAAAGCUGGCUGUUGGAAUAAAAUGCAAGUAUCUUGAGAUUGUUCGAAUCCUUCUGAAAGAAGCCCACAUUGACUCCAAAUUAGUUCAUUUUGUGUGCAGUUCUGACAAGCAGCUCUCCUAUUUGGCAUCCAAAGCCUUGGUCUCCCUUGUAUGUUUUCAGCUAAAAGAAGAGCGUGUGCUGAACAAUGCCUGGCUUGCUUUUUCCUCCGAGACUUUGUUGGGAUUUCCAAGCGGGGCCUGGAUCACAGAAUGCCUGUCAACUCUUACGAACUUGAUAAAAGAGAUUUUGAAAGACGAGGGCUCGUGCAAGAGAGGUGACUUGAAGAUGGUUCUGAUGCCACUUGAUGAGAUCCUCAAAGGCUUUUAUGACUCUGCCAUGUUUUAUUAUUCUGACAUCCCGCAAGAGAAUCCCAUCUCUGCUAAAGCCACAAAUGACUUGAACGGUUUUCUAGAUGUCCUUGAACUGCUUGUGGCCUCUCGGAUCCAGGUACCGCUGAACCUUUCCUGCCAGCGGAUGUUGUUUCUGAAUGCUUCCUGUGUUUUGGGCCUUGUCACUGCACCUGUUCAUGAUUUCGUCAAGAAAAAGUCCAUUGUCCUGCUUAAAAAAUGCAUUCUUCACAAAGUUGGCGAAGACCUCAUCAAAAGAAAGGUGCUUCCUUCCUCCGACAAGGAUUCUUACAUCAAGGCAGAUACAUCAGUGCUUGCUGGUGCCGUCCUGCAGUUUCUGAAUUCUGGGAGGAUGAACAUGCUGCUUGUUAGUGAGAAGAGAAGUCAUUUCGGAGGCAUGCAAGUUGAGCCUGAAGAGAGUCCCUGUAUCAGUGCUGAUCAAGUGACCCUCAGGGCCUUCAGCCUGGUUUUUCUGAAAGCGUUAGAGAUAAAAAUCCUGGAUUCUGAAGCUGAAGCCCAAGCUCAUUUAGAGAGCGUAAUGUCUCCAUUGCUGACUUUCCUAAAAAGAUACCUGAGGCCUUCUGCCUGCGCCCGCCCAUUGGAGCAUCCCUGCGAGUGGCUUUCUGUGCUGUUUAUAGAGCAAGACGAUGACCUGUUUGAAGCUUCCAAAGCCUUAUUAACAAUCCACGUAAAAAUUGAGAGAGUCUGGCAUGAUGCUGGUUCUGCCACGUUCCAUUCAGACUAUGAAACAUGGACACAUCAGAACGGCUGCAACCCACACUGUAUCUUUUUAUUUCUCCUAAAAAGUAUUGCGUUUGAUGCUUCCGUUCUUCUUGACUUCUUGAUUUCAUCCGAAACCUGUUUCCUGGAGUAUUUUGUAAGAUACCUAAAACUACUUGUAGAAAACUGGCCCCAGUUUGUGCAAAUAUCUUGGUUUCUUAAUCCCACCACCUGCAUAGACAUUGGUUUUCCUCUGUUAUCCCAACGGAAAGGAACUUACCACUUGGACUCAAAAUUACAGUGUGAUUCUUGUGAUCCAGAAUCCUGUGCUGUGAUGCUUUUGACCACUUCCAUGAAACUUUCUUCAUCUUGGCCGAUGGACAGUCAGUCUGCAACAGCCACCAGGACUAACUGGUUGCAAGGGUCCGACAAUGCUUCUUUAAUGGAACCCCUUCAGCGGCUGGUUGAUUAUGAAAGCUCAGAUGAUUCUGAGGCAGAAUGCAUAGGAGAGGAGUGUUUGACUGAAGCAAAACAGCCGUCUUUGGAGCAUCAGUCGUGUCCAGAUGAAAGUAACCUUAUGGAAGUGGAUGAUGAAGCAGGAACCUCAAAGCAAACUGUGUUACUUCUGGAGCACGGAAACGUCGAUGCUGCUUCAACCCCUGGCUGCCAAAUAUCCCCAGGCAAUCUUGGGUCGGCAGAAGAAAUACUUCAGAAAUCCGUGAGAUGUUUCCACGAGCUUCAAAAAUUGGUUUCUAAACUACACAAAAGAAAUUUGUUUCCAUACAAUCCGAAUGCACUCCUGAAGCUCUUGACUCAAAUUUCCACAGUCAGCAAAGCAUACAAGUCUAAAGACAUGAGAUGCCAAUGUCAUAAUGUAUCUCCACCCACUUGUUAGCAUUCAAAAUAAGUUCUAGAAACAUUAUCUCCUGACAUUUUGCCUGCAUCUAUAGCAAGCAUCCUCAGAGGUUGUGAGGUCCUCACAACCUCUGUGGAUGCUUGUCAUAGAUGCAGGCGAAAUGUCAGGAGAGAGAAUGCUUCUAGAACAGUGGUUCUCAACCUUCCUAAUACCGUGACCCCUUAAUACAGUUCCUCAUGUUGUGGUGACCCCCAACUAUAAAAUUAUUUUCGUUGCGACUUCAUAACUGUAAUGUUGCUACUGUUAUGAAUUGUGAUGUAAAUAUCUGAUCUGCAGAUUUUUCAUUCUUUUCAUUCAUUGGAUGAAAUUUGGAGCAAAUACCUGAUACUCUCAAAUUUGAAUACUGGUGCGGUUGGAGGAGGGAUUGAUUUUGACAUUUGGGAGUUGUAGUUGAUCUAUAAUCAAAGAGAAUUCUGAACUCAACCAAGGAUGGAAUUGGGUCAAACUUGGCACACAGAACUCCCAUGACCAACAGAAAAUACUGGAAAAUGUUUGGUGGAUUUAUAGUUCACCUACAACCAGAGAGCGCUGUGGACUCAAACAAUGAUGGAUCUCGAACAAACUUGGCCCGAAUACUCAAUAUGCCCAAAUGUGAAGACUGGUGGAGUUUGGGGAAAAUAGACCUUGACAUUUAGGAGUUGUACUUGCUGAGAUUUAUAGUUCACCUAAAAUCAAAGAGCCCCCUGAACCCCAUGAAUUGGGCCAAACUUCCUACACAGAACCCCCAUGACCAACAGAAAAUACUGUGUUUUCUGAUGGUCUUUGCUGACCCCUCUGACACCCCUUCCCAAC